GGUGCAGAAGAGUCCCGCCCCCUACGGCAAGUCAGAGGUAGCAAGAUGGCCGCCGCUGAGGAAGACUGUGGAGUUGGGGGCGAUGCUGAUCGGGAAUUGGAAGAGCUUUUGGAAAGUGCUCUUGAUGAUUUCGAUAAGGCCAAACCUUCUGCAGCAACCCCUCCUACCACCAUGGCUCCUGAUGCUUCGGGGCCCCAGAAGAGAUCAGCAGGAAACACUGCCAAAGAUGCCCUCUUUGCCUCCCAAGAGAAGUUUUUCCAGGAACUGUUCGACAGCGAGUUGGCUUCUCAAGCCACUGCAGAGUUUGAGAAGGCAAUGAAGGAGUUGGCUGAGGAAGAGCCCCACCUGGUGGAACAGUUCCAAAAGCUCUCAGAAGCCGCCGGGAGAGUGGGCAGUGAUGCGUCCUCCCAACAAGAAUUCACUUCUUGCCUAAAGGAGACACUAAGUGGACUAGCCAAAAAUGCCACUGACCUUCAGAACUCGGGCAUGUCGGAGGAGGAGCUGAACAAGGCCAUGGAGGGGCUGGGCAUGGAUGAAGGGGAUGGGGAAGGGAACAUCCUCCCCAUCAUGCAGAGUAUCAUGCAGAACCUACUUUCUAAGGAUGUGCUGUACCCAUCACUGAAGGAGAUCACAGAAAAGUAUCCAGAAUGGUUGCAGAGUCACCGGGAAUCUCUGCCUCCAGAGCAGUUUGAAAAAUAUCAGGAGCAACACAGUGUCAUGGGCAAGAUAUGUGAGCAGUUUGAGGCAGAGACCCCCACAGACAGUGAGGACACUCAAAAGGCUCGUUUUGAGAUGGUGCUGGAUCUCAUGCAGCAGCUACAGGACUUGGGUCAUCCCCCAAAAGAGCUGGCUGGGGAGAUGCCUCCUGGCCUCAACUUUGACCUGGAUGCCCUCAAUCUGUCGGGCCCACCAGGUGCCAGUGGUGAACAGUGUCUGAUCAUGUGAAACACCACACGUUUUCCUCCCUGAUUCCCAGCCACGGGGAACAUCUGGAGUCAGCAGAACCAUUGGGAGCUGAGGCAGGAGCGUCGUCUGCAGGAGCGAUCUGCCCACUGCCCUCUGCCAUCCCACCCAAGACUGUGCCAUACCAGCUGAGGCUUUUUUUCUGUCUUUCUAGAAUAAGGCCUAUUCCACAGGCCAUUUCUGUUAGCCCUACUCGAUUGUGGUUUCUGCUGCUAGCAAAGGCCCAGCUACCUGCCAGGCGGAGGAAGGCAUCCCUUUUGGGGCACGUCCCUUCUUCCUCCUCCCAAAAUAAUGUUACAUGUGGCUACACUGAUGUUCACCUUUACACCCAGGGUCUUUGUGCCUUGUCUCUAUUCCCUGUCUUGGACCUGGGGAGCAGGGACAGAGUCCUGGGACUCUGUUUUCUACAGUUCUUCUGGGAAGCACCUUUGGGAAUGGGGAGGUACUUUUCCUGGGCUGGAGCUGUAGUUAUGUCAUCAUGCCCUCUCGCCUUCAGACUGUUCUGUACUGUGUGCUGGGAAAGGUACUAAUCAAAUGCAUCUAAUCACAGUAAGGUUGGGAGAGAAGCCUUGGGAUUCUCCUCUCUUUGGGUGCUGAGCCCCAACUCCCUGUUCCAGCCUUCGAACUCAAAUUGCUGCCCUGGUUCUUUCUACAAUGCUAUGUGAUCUAGGUGAACUCAGCUCCUGACCUUCCUUUGCCCCCGGCCUUUCCUCUUAUCUCCUCUCUUUUUAAAAUACCUAUUUAUUCCCAAGCCUAAGCUGUGACAUAGAAGAACCCAUCCCGUUUCUCCUCAUCUAGUCCACCCACCACUUGCAGUGGUCCACUUCCUCCUAGCAAACAUACAAUUGUAGUGUCAGGUCUGGGACUGAAUGACCUGCCCCAGAUACAUUCUGGCUUAUUUGAGAUUUCUGACUCCCUUAGAAUCCUGUCCCUGGAUUCAGGGAGGUGGCUUGGGAAAGGGGGAAAGGUACAGCCUGGGCCCCUUUUCUUGCAGGCCCCUUGGAGCAGUGUCAAAUAAAUAUUCUGAGUGAGGAAUGUGGCCUGUUCUUCAUCCAGGUCUUUUUCUGACCUUCCUCAGCUUCUGUAAGCUGCAGAGUGAGGAAUGUUAGCAGAGUAGUUUUUUAUACACUUCAGUGCUUAGUUCCCAGUGCCUUCUGGUGGGGAACCUUUCUCCUCCCUUCCCCAGCUCUAUCUGCACCUCAUUUGCAAAGGAGACUUGAUGUCCAUCUUUCCUCAUUUCUUUGAAUAUUUCCAUCUGGGAAGCCCUUCAGAUAUCAUUGUAUUUUAACAUAUCACAUUAUUAUUACUAAUAUUAGCAAUGUAUUGUUAACAUGUUUUCUAAAAUCUUUCUUUUUGAGCUGACCUUGCCCUUCUUUAUGGGAGGCAGUGGGUCUGUGGCCCUUGGUUGCCCUAUGUUGAUGGAUAAUCUGGUCAGACCAGCUGGCUCUCCUGGUUCAGCACUCAGAAAAUAACUGUUGUCGGAGCAAAUUGACAUGCAUCAUCUGAGUCACUCUGAGCUCCUGACAUGUCAUUUUCCCCUGGGUUAAGGCUUUUCAUGCCUUGAAGAUCUCACGUGUUCUGUGGGAUUGGCAAGGAAGGGAAUGUUGUUGACGCUUCGAGCUGUUUGGGGAUGUUCAGGUACUGUAACUUACCAGAGCAUGGAAGAACCCAGGUCUGAAGCUGAGACUCCGCUACUCUAGAUGGAAACAGUAGAGGCAGACUUGUGAUGAUGGUCAUGAGGCCUGAAUGGCCAGAAUUUUCUCCGUAAGGACUCCAGCCAAACACUGGACAGGAUAGGGCCCUGACUCUUGAAUCUUUUGCCUGCUGCCCUGCCAGUGUGUUUGGUUUUUUUGUUUGUUUUUGACAAAUUCUCACUUUUGCUGGCCUGCCAGUGCUCAUUCCAGGAAUCUAAAUAGGGGCUGUAGUUCACCUUAGCUUCGUUCCUACGCCACUUGUUUUUGUUUUGAUUUAACAUAGACAGGUUGACCUCAGGUUGCUCUCUAUUGUAAAAACAGUAUAUUUGAAUUAUCCUAGAACUUGAGGGAUGAAGCUUGGCACUCUAGGGCAGUCCUGCUCAAACUAUCUGUGGUGAAAGACUAGCUUUUUUUUUUUUUUUUUUUAAUACCUGAUCCUUUGUGUACCACUGUGUGUUCCUGUUGCCCAUGCUUAGUGCUCAGUGCACUGUAUGCUUCCCACCACACAAGUCUGACAGACCCUGUUCAGCAGGAUCAUGCACUUGGAUAUCACAGCAAUGUGAAAAUGCUAAAAAGUUUUUAAACACUCUCAAUUUCUUAAUCGUCAUGUUGCGAACUAGUAUAAAACUUCAUAGACUAGUACAAGUCUGCAAACUACCUUGGAAUAGCACUGCUCUGGGGCCCUCCUCAGUCUCUCCACAGCUCCUAGCCAAAAUGAUAAAUUCCAAUAAUUGUAGUUCUUUCCUAUAUGAGGGUUGCCUCUAGAGAAUUUUUUCUUCAGCAAGCACGUGUCACUGCGAGGACAUCUCUAGCAUUUUUCUAGCCUUUUCUGCUGCGUAAAAAUAACCAUUACAAAGCUUAAGUUUAAUCUGUAUGUGAAAUAUUUAUGUUGCUCUCAACCUUUAAAGGGAAUGCGCCUUUAUCCCCAAAUUCUGGAUGUUAGAAAAAAAAGUUAUGGUUGUACGAAUGAUUUCAUGAGUUUAGAAUUGAAUUCUUACAGAAUUUGUGAUACUAGGAGCAUUUUCCUAUGACUUGGAAUUUAACAUCGUGACAUGGACUCCAGGAGAUCAUUCUAGUACGCUGUUGAGAUGACUUUUGGAAGCUGGGGAAAAAUAAUGGUCCACAUUAAAUGAAGUAGAGAUGGCAGGCCAUAGUGGAAAUGAUCAGAAGAAGUGGGCGUGAAAGAAUAAAUUUGUUACAUAAUACUGGAGGAUCUUCCAGCUGAUUAUGUUUCUUGUUCCUUAGGUAGGCCCAGAGAAAACUCUUUUAUGAAGGCAAUAAGAAAUGCACUGGUGAAGGGAUCACCAGUAUCUUUGAGAAGUUUAGGAGUGGCUUCCCUCUGUAGAUUGAGGCUGAUGGAAGGAGAUGUUAAAGAAUUGGUUUCCCUAGUGGUAAUGCAGAUGAUAGGAUCCUGCAUAGCAGAGACCAGAUAGCAACACUUAACUCUGGGAAGCAAGGUGGGUGACUUUCCAUAAUGGAUAGUGAAGUCAAAGUGGAGAUGCUAAUAAAACAUGGGUGGUCCUAGGGGCAAGAUUGAUGGGCAGCCAAUGAGAGCACUGACUUAUAUAUAACUAAGGGAGAUCAAGAAUGGUUGCACAGAAGGGUGAAGUCAGUAACUUCAAUGGAAAGUCACUAUAGACAGUUUUAAACCCAUAACCUAUCAAUUGAAAGGGGUCAGUUCCCCAUGAAGGAAGAUCCUCCAACACUAUGGCAGGUGUACUAAGUAAGGGGUGAAAUGGGUAAUUCCCACAAUUGUUGCCAGCUGUGUAGUAAGGAUCAGCAUGAAUCCAGUCCCCAAACUGUGGAAAUGGAUACAGUCCUCACAUUCCCACUUUUAUAUCCUCGUGGCCAGCCUCAAGUGGCACUGUGUCUCCGACGCUAGCCACCUGGAGCUAAGUCAGAGCUCACAGAAGAACACCUUCUUUCAGACUGCCAAACAGGCAGACACCAGACCCUGCUGGCUCUCACUGCCCCUGUGGUUUCAUUAAUUUGCUGGAACGACUCCCAAACUCUCAUAGAGAGUAUACUGUACUUAUGACUACAACUUUAUUACAACAAAAAAGGAUACAAAUGAAGAGAAACAUAGGGUGAGGUCUGGGAGGGGUCCCAGUGUGGAGCUUCAGUGUCCCAAAGAGAAAUGCACUACCCUCCCUUGUAUAGAUGCCUUUCACCAACCAGGAAGCUCUUCCAAGCCUUAGGGUUCCAGGCUCUUAUCAGCCUCUCCAGGUGGCCAUGAUAGAUUAUGUCAUACCUCCUGAGGCUAGUCAGCAUCUGCCCCUAGGUGACCCCUCUUGUUCUGAUCAGCCCUCACUCAUUUGCCUCAGGUGUGAUCCAGCUCUCAGGAACCAAGAACAAAGGCCAAAUUGCUUUCUGCAUCUCACAAGUAGUGAUUCCAUAGUCCUUCCCCAAAGGGACUUAUAGCCAUUUACUCAGUUAACCAUAUACUGGGGAAAGAAGAAUACCCACUUUUCUUGAGGACUGUUGGAUACAGAGUCUGAGUUAACAUGUAUACCCAGGAACCCAAAGCACCAUCAGACUUCUCUGCUCCCACUCCCCAUCCUAUCUUGUUAACGAUUGGGGAAUAUGGGAGUCAGGAAAUAAAUGGAGUGCUGGCUCAAGUCUGACAGUGGGUCCACAUAACCACUUUGUGUCAUUUUCCUGGUUUCCAAAUGUAUAAUCAGAAUGGAAAUAUUUGGCAGUUGGCAGAAAGGCCAAGUAGAAGCUCCUGGAACUGCACCCCUCCCUACCUUUGCCAAGAUUGCAAAAAAUAUUUAAUUCUGGGGGAUUUGGCAGAGAUAAGUGGUAUCCUCAAAGACUUAAAAGGAUGCAAGGGUGUUAGUCCCCAUCAUAUCCUCGUUUAGUUCACCUGUCUGACCCCUGCAAAAACUGGAUGGCUUACGAUGGAUAAUGAUGGACUACUACAAACUUAAGCUAGUUGUCCCAGUUGCAGUGCUGUGAGAAAUGUGGUUUCUUUACUGGAAAGAGUAACAGCUAGUUGUGUAGGUAAAAAAAACCCACUGCCAUCGGGUCGAUUCUGACUCACAGUGACCCUGUAGGAGAGUGUAGAGCUGCCCCAUAUGGUUUCCAAGAGUGCCUGGGUGAUUCAAACUGCCAUCCUUUUGGUUAGCAGCUGUAGCUUUUAACCAGUACACUACCAGGGUUUCCCGUUGUGUAGGUAUGUGGCUAUUAAUCUAUCAUGAGGAUCAGCAAACUAGAGCCCCCAGGCCAGAUUUGGCUCAAUGCCUGUUUUUGUCUACAGGUAUUUUUGCACUAUGGUGGCAGAGUUGUGAUAGAGUCAUACGGCCCACAAAACCUAAAAUAUCCUCUGGCCCUUUUCAGAGAAAGUUUGUUGACCCCCGAUCUAGCAAAUGCAUUCUUUCAGUACCUGUCAGGAAGGAGCAUCUGAGGCAGUUUGCAUUCGCCAAGCAUAGGCAAGAGUAUAUGUUCACAGUCUUGCCCCAGAGCUGUGUUAAUUCUCUCCCUCUGUCAGAGUGUACAAGUCCAUAGAGACCUAGACAUUCUGCAGAAAAUCACGUUCGUUUGCGAUAUUCCAAACUCUUUGCUGUUGAGUCAAUUCCAACUCAUAGUGACCCAAUAGGACAGAGUAGAACUCCCCUAUAGGGUUCUCAAGGCUGUGAUCUUUACAGAAGCAGACUGCCGCAUCUUUCUCCCACGGAGGGCUGGUAGAUUCAAACUGCCAACCUUUCCGAUAGGAGUUGAGCACUUAACCACUGCGCCACCAGGACUCCUGUUUGCUGUAUUAAGAAUAUGUAAAUCAGACCUGAUGAUUAAGAAGGAUCAAGUACUCUGGAUUCCUUGGUGAGACACAUAUACUCCAGAGAGCAGGAAAUAAAUCCUGCAAAGAUUCAGGGGACUGCCACAUUUUGAAAUUUUUAGGAGUCCAGUGGUCUGCAACAUUUUGGAACGUCCCCUCCAAAGUAAAGGAUAAGUAUUGCAUCUUGCAUCUUUUAUCCUAAGAAAGAAGUACAGUGCCUUGGUAGGCCUCUUUGAGGUUUGGAGACAACAUAUUGUGCACUUGGAAAUGCUACCCUGAUCCAUUUACAGAUAAGAAGAAAGACUGCUAGUUUUAAGUGGCACUUAAUACAAGAAGGAGCUCUGCAGUAGGUCCAAAAACCAAAAAAAAAGAAAAAAAAA